AUGACAAGUAUCCUGCCUCCACCCAAGCCACUCGAUGUUACCGGCGAUCUUUGGAAAGCUUGGAAGUUGUGGAAAGGCGAGUUUAGACUCUUCUCUACAGCGACAAAUCUAAAGGCGCAGCCAAAGGAAGUUCAGGCCGCGACCUUCUUGGUUAUACUGGGUGAAGAAGGCAGGAAGAUAUGCAAUACGCUACAGUUUGAAACGGAAGCGGACCGUGACGAUGUCGACAAGCUUAUCCAGAAACUGGAAAAGCACUGCAAACCGACGCUCAAUUUAACGUACCACGAAUUUCUGUUCGGAUCGCGAAACCAGAAAGAAGGGGAGCGAUUUGACGAGUGGCUGACAGAGCUUCGGAUACUCGCUGCUAGCUGCGAGUUCGGGACCUUGGAAAAACGCAUGCUGCGUAGCCGCAUAAUCCUUGGAGUUCGCGACAAGAAACUUCAGCAAAGGCUGAUCUCGGAAAAUCCGUCAUGUGAGAAGGUUAUAGAAACAUGUCGGAUGAGAGAGCUCAGCAAGCAGCAGUUUGACGAUAUCCAGAAGGAAAAAGAUGAAGUGAAGGAAGUUCACGCGGUCACGAAGCGAACGAGAACUUGUUCGAAGUGUGGAUAUACGCACGAUAAAGAUGCAUGUCCGGCGCAAGGCAAGGAAUGCAAGAGCUGCGGUAAACUUAACCACUUCGCCAGUGUGUGCAGAAGCAAAGGACAACGAAAGAAAUAUAGAAGGAAGCCGAAGGCAAAACAGGUCCUUGAAGUGGAACGUGAAGAAGACACUUACUUCUUGCAAAUGCUGUCCGUAAAUAACGUCGAAUCGAGCGAUCUCUGGUCUGCUGAGGUUACGAUCGAGAACGUGAAACUAAACUGCAGAGUAGACACUGGUGCCAAUUGUUCCGUAAUCUCAGCCGGACAGUUGAGAAAAGUCACUAACAAGAAGACUACAAAAUGCAACGUUACGUUGAACACCUUCUUUGGCUUCAAGCAAAAGGCCGCAGGCAGGAUUCCUCUGCAAGCAUCAUGUAACGGCCAAAGCACAAAGGUGCUGUUCUUCGUCGUACCACAAGAGGUACCGCUUACCCUGAGUGGGAAAGCGUCGGAAGAACUAGGUCUGAUCCAGCGCACUGUGCAUUCGGCAGUUGCUACAAAAACAAGCGACGAACAUCACUUGUACGGACCAGCACAACCUUAUCGGGACGUCUUUGAAGGCCUUGGAAAGCUAAAAGGGGUACAGUACCACAUGAAGUUAACACCCCAUGCAAAAGGAGUUGUAAAACCAGCAAGGCGGAUUGCCGUUGCACUGAAAGACAAAGUCAAGCGCGAACUCGACCACAUGGAAGCCGACGGAGUAAUCGCCAAGGUGACGGAACCUACCGAGUGGGCGAGCAACAUGGUGGUCGUGGUCAAGAAAGAUAAGGUCAGGAUCUGUCUUGAUCCCGCAGAUCUCAACAAGGCGCUCCUUCGGGAACACUACCCCAUGGCGACACUCGAAGAUAUCGCGCCGCGUCUGGGAAAGGCAAAGUACUUUUCGACACUUGACGCAUCGUCUGGCUUUUGGCAAAUUCAGCUCGACAAGGACUCCUCAUACAUCUGUACUAUGAGCACACCGUUUGGGCGAUACCGUUUCCUAAGGAUGCCGUUUGGGAUUUCAACAGCUCCUGAAAUCUUCCAGCGAGCUAUGCACAGGGUCCUACAGGAUCUCGACGGUGUCGAUGUCGUAAUGGACGACAUCCUUGUCUGGGGAGGGACCAAGGCUGAGCAUGAUCAACGCCUUAUGAGGCCGCUGGAGCGAUGCAGGGAUGUAAACCUCAAACUAAACAUCAGGAAAUGUUGUUUCCUUCAACAGCAAGUACGGUACUUGGGACAAAUGAUCACGUCAGAAGGACUUGCUGUGGAUCCAAGGCGAGUCGAGGAUAUUCUCGCCGUUACUGAGCCAACAAAUGUCAAGGAACUUCGUACCUUCCUGGGCAUGAUCAACUUCGUGUCAAGAUUCAUCCCCAAUGCAUCACAAGUGUCGGCACCGCUACGUGAACUGCUCAAAACAGAUACAAUUUGGGAAUGGUCAACCAGACACAAAGACAGCUUCAAAGAGCUACGCGAAGCGUUGACGAAGGCACCGGUUUUAGCGUACUUUCAAGCACACAAGCCUGUGACGCUCUCAGUCGACGCUAGCCAGGAUGGAGUUGGAGCUGUCUUAACACAAGAAGGGCAUCCCGUUGCGUAUUCCUCCCGUUCCCUUACGGAGACUCAACAAAGAUAUGCACAAAUUGAAAAGGAGAUGGUCGCCAUUGUACACGGCUGCGAGAAGUUCCACGAGUACAUCUUCGGACAACCCAGCGUAAAGGUCGAGUCCGACCACAAGCCGUUGGAAGCCAUUUUCAAGAAGCCUCUCCACGGAUGUCCACUUCGUCUACAAAGAAUGAGGCUCGCACUUCAAAAAUACCCGAUUAACGUUGUAUACAAACCUGGAAAGGAAAUGUUCAUUGCAGAUGCUUUAUCACGCUUUCCGAAGCAGGAAUGCCUGAGAGAAGAGGAGCACUUCUAUGUAAACGUACUUCAAUACCUCGAUGUUUCCGACGAAAAAAUAGCGGAAAUAUCGCGAGCGACACAACGUGAUAGCCAGCUGCAGAAGAUCCGAAAAUACGUCGAAACAGCAUGGCCUAACAAUAAAAACGAAGUUGACAACGAGGUGCGUCAGUACUGGACCUACAAGGAAGAAAUUCACGCGCAGGAUGGUCUGCUGUUUCGUUCCAACAGACUAAUCAUCCCAAAGGGAAUGCAGCAAAUCACACUAAAGCUGUUGCAUGCUUCACACUGUGGAGAAGAAAAGAUGAAGGAGAGAGCGCGGGAAGUCAUGUUCUGGCCCGGGAUCACGUCUGAGAUUGAACAACUAGCAAGAAACUGCGCUCUAUGUGAGAAGCAUCGACCAUGA